UUGGCGCUAACGGCAUUAUAACAGAGCGUGAUGAACCGACGAAGAGGCUUUCGCAGUUCUUACCACCAUCGUUCCUAUAGCUAUGGGCACAGAGCUAUCGCUGUGGCUCAAGUUCCUCAAUCAAACGCCCAUAAUCGUGUGCACCUUGACUACUGCAGCCAUUAUCCAUACCCGCUCGGCGGGCGUCGUAUAUUUCGUGACCGGCGCAGUCUUAUGUUCAGCGCUUGCCAAGUCCAUAAAGAAGGCAAUACGACAGGAACGACCAUUGAAGGACUCCGGACGCAAAGUGACCUAUGGGAUGCCUAGCUCACAUGCAUCCGCCUGCACCUUCUUCGCCGCAUAUAUUACGAUGGCCUGCCUCCAGCUACCCGUUCACCCUACCUUUCCCAGUUCCAUUAUAUUCGUUCCAGUGGUCAUCUUACCAUGGACAUUCAUGAUAGUCCUGUCACGGGUUCAGUUGGGCCAUCAUACAUGGCCGCAGGUUGCGGCAGGAACAGCUCUCGGAAUCUGCUGUGCUAGUUUCUGGUUCAAAUUAUGGGUAGAUGAUGCGGCUGGCGUCAAGACAGCUGCUUGGGAGGUUGAAGCGAUGGUGAGAUUAUGGCUUGGACAAUGAUCUCAGGAGCACGUAUAUAUCCAUUUCCUAUUACACUUGGAGAUGAUUCAUUUUGGCAUGAUUUGAUGACUGGUGGAUCAGGCAAGAGUUGUACAAGUCAGCAUUUAGGGGAUAUGUCUCCUGCAACAGUUUCCGGAAUGCCCCCUGAAGUCCUAGAUAUGAAUCACGCUCUAGAUGUAUGCCUACGAGCGGAAUAUUGCUAUGUAGUGCCCUUAUUGCUAUAAAUUAGACUGCCUGCUGUCUUCAA